AUGGCAACGCGAUCUCACCGGCUGCUGGGCGUGCUGGUGACGAGUCUUCUCGUGUGCCUCUCACUCAUCUUUUUAGAAAGCCCCAGCUCCUUCAGCAAUCGGAAUAUCGCUCCUUCCCCACCAUCUACCUCUCUUACCCCCUUCCUACAGCCGAGUGAGCCUUUAGACGAUACUAUUGACCGUUUCCCGAGCGAUAUCCACCCGGUAACUGCCCUCGUCGAAGAUGCAGAGCAACGAUUCAACAAGCUCUUGGAACGCCAAUCCAGAACCUUAAGCGAUGCUGUUAAGGAAUACCGCCGGCGCUAUAACAUGCACCCUCCACCUCAUUUUGAUAAAUGGUUCAGCUUUGCUCGAUCAAAAGGCGUGGAACUCAUUGACGAGUAUGACACCAUCUACCACUCUUUGCUGCCAUUCUGGGCCCUCACACCGCAGACUAUUCGCGCUCGCGCCCGUGAGGCUCUGGGAUAUGAUAAUGGUUUGUUCGGCGUUCUCAUCAGAGAUGGCAAGGUAUCGCUGGCUGAAGGGCUAGAUGGAGAACAUGAGUGGCAGCGUGAGGCGACGCUUGGUAUGAUGAAGAACUUUAUUCGGUAUUUGCCGGACAUGGACCUGGCCUUCAACGCCCAUGAUGAACCAAGGGUUAUUGUGCCGAGCGAGGAUCUUCAAAGGCUAGUAGCGAUAGCCAAGAAUAGCGUCAUUCCGAAUGCUUUUAAGGCAAAAUCGCUGGUGAACGAAUGGUCGGCUCGGCCCGAGGACCUGAACAAAGGAGACCGCAUUGAUGAAGUGCGUACAACUCGUUUCAACAAAAUCUCUCAUCAGCCCGCUUGGACUAGCUCAAGGAUAUCAUGUCCCGUCGAUAGCCCUGUUCGAUCCCUAGAUGAAAACUCGCCGGAUGACACAACUGGAUAUGCUUCUUGGGAGCUAGGUUUCAUCCACAAUACAACCGCGUUCUCCGAUGUUUGCAACACUCCUUCGUUACGGUAUACCUACGGAUUUUUCGACCGGCCGAAUGUGUUUGCAGUCGUUCACGACCUCUUCCCAGUUUUCUCCCAGAGCAAGGUCUCCACGUUCCAAGACAUCCUCUAUCCCAGCCCCUGGUACUGGGCUAAUAAAGUACCAUAUAACAUGCAGAAUGACUAUAUUUGGGAGGAAAAGAUUGACAAGCUAUAUUGGAGGGGUUCGACAACAGGGGGCUUCUCUAAGGGCGGAGGGUGGCGACGGCACCACCGACAGUUAAUGGUCAGCAACAUCAAUGCUCUUGAUAACGCCAAGGUUCUCUCCAAGACUGAUGGCGGUCAAUGGGAAGUCAAAGAGAUGGAUCGCAGCGAGUAUCGCGACCUCUUUGACGUUCAGUUUACCUCGGUUGGGCAGUGCGAUCGUAAUGACUGCGCCGCUCAGAUGGAGUUCUUCAACAUAACAGAGUCAGUGGAGCAGGAAGAGGCCUGGGCUUAUAAGUACCUGCUUGAUAUUGAUGGAAACGCAUUCAGUGGCCGGUACCACGCUUUCCUCAAAAGUAACAGCUUGGUCUGUAAGACUGCUUUGUUUCGCGAAUGGCACGAUGAGAGGCUCAAGCCUUGGGUUCAUUACGUCCCAAUCAGUCUGAAAGGAAGCGAACUUUUAGAGACCAUGCGUUAUCUUUCCUCCGAAGAAGAGGGCGAGGUCGUGGCUUCUCGGAUAGCCCAGAACGGGAAAGCCUGGGCGCAGAGUACCUUGCGCAACGAGGAUAUGGAAGUUUGGUUUUUUAGACUGCUAUUGGAGUAA